GUUAGCUUCAACUUCACUGUAUUUCCGUAAAGCAAAACACAGCCCUUCCCCUUUUCUAUCCUUCACUCUCUCUCUAUAUGUAUAUCUCUUUCUCACUCUAUAUGAUACUAUUAUACUGUACACGUACAAUUAUUGUCAUGUAUAUGAUCAUACGGAAUAUGCGACGCCCGAUUCUUGAGCUCCAAUCAUCAUUUUUCUCCGCUCCUCCCUCACUUACCAUGAACCAAUUUCUGCCCCGCCGCCGCCCCUCUUCUUGAAUUCAUCUACGGCGGUGCCGUGGUGGUGGCCGGAAUGGCAGUUUAUACAGACGUUGAGGCCGUGCUUGGAUUUCUUAAGAAGAAUGGGUUUACCCAGUCUGUGUCGGCUUUGAAGGAAGACAUCGUGGAGAGAUCCCAAUUGGGUGGUUCAUUUGAUUUUCAGAGGGUAUUCUUUCCCGUAGUGCCGCCGCCUUCACAGCUCAAGAUUCCUCCCUCUCAGAGGACUGAGGAGGUUUCCGGCGGUGGGUUUGGUGGAAGUGGUAAUCAAAGCCCCCAUUCGUCUGAGGAUGAGUUUAUAAGCUUAGGUUCUUCAACCACAGAGCUCUGUUCAUCUGAGUUUACAAAUCCAUAUGGAAUACGUUGUGACACAUAUCCGAGCUCUCAAGCAUCAUCUGAUAGAUUGUCACAGUUUGGGACAGCACGAGACUAUCAUGAUUUUGAUAUGCAAAAUGACAGUUUCUGGUACAAGGAAAAAGAUGAAGAUUAUUCUAUGCCGCCUGAUUUUGGAGGCUCAGAUUUUGCUUCCAUCCCUAGUGAGGAUAAAUUUGUCAUGACCUUAGGCUCGGGGAAUCAUCAUAAUGAAGACACUAAAGAUAAAUUUCCAAAUGAAAGUGACCUUUUUUAUAAAUGUGUGGAAGAUGAAGGAAUUAUUCGAAAGAGUGAAGAACUUUGUGCAGAUUACAGAUGUUCCUCCCCCCUUUGUGCUUGUUGUGGUGGCACAGGAGCAGUCUAUACAGAGGACCUUAGCGACUAUGGUGUUGUGGAUCUGAAGUUAACCAAUGAAAAGGAUUCGAUCCAGGAAAAAUCUGGAGAAGAAAUAAGCACUGCAUAUGGAAGCAUCAAUUCCAUUACAAAAAAGAAUUCAACUUACAGCUCCGAUGAAGAAAUUGGUGGAGAACCAAAAGAAGCUGAUUUAGAAGCAGAUGAAGAAGGUGAUCCUGCUAUCGAUGAGCUUCAAAUGUUUGAUACUAGCGAGGAUGAAUUUCAAGCAUUCGAUCUUAGAAUUAUACACAGAAGAAACAGGACAGGAUUUGAGGAGAACAAGGACAUCCCUAUUGUUCUUAACAGUAUCGUCGCGGGUAGAUAUCAUGUAACGGAGUACCUCGGUUCAGCCACCUUCAGCAAAGUUGUUCAGGCACAUGAUCUUCACUCUGGAGUAGAUGUUUGCUUGAAGAUAAUAAAAAAUGACAAGGACUGCUUUGAUCAGAGCUUGGAUGAAAUCAAACUUCUGAAGAUUGUAAACCAGCAUGAUCCUGGUGAUGAACACCAUAUAUUACGGCUCUAUGAUUACUUUUACUAUCAGGAGCAUCUCUUCAUUGUUUGUGAGCUUUUGCGAGCUGACUUGUAUGAGUUUCAGAAAUACAAUCGAGAAUCUGAGAGUGAACCAUAUUUUACAAUGUUUAAGCUAAAGGCUAUAGCACGGCAAUGCCUCGUGGCUCUGGAGUAUUUGCACAGUUUGGGGAUCAUCCACUGCGAUCUGAAGCCUGAAAAUAUCCUCAUCAAAAGCUUUAAGAAAUGUGAAAUAAAAGUAAUUGAUCUCGGAAGCAGUUGUUUUGACACAGACAACUUGUCUUUAUAUGUCCAGUCUAGGUCCUAUAGAGCUCCUGAGGUUAUCUUAGGCCUCCCAUAUGACCAUAGAAUUGAUCUUUGGUCUCUUGGAUGUGUAUUGGCUGAGCUAUGCACUGGAGAGGUGCUCUUUCCAAACGAGGAAAUUCCAGUUUUGCUUGCACGCGUGAUAGGAGUACUUGGUCCCAUCGACAUGAAUAUGUUAUUGAAAGGACAAGAGACGGACAAGUAUUUUACAAAGGAAUUUGAGCUCUAUCAAAUAAACAAGGAGACGAAUCAAGUGGAAUACAUAAUACCUGAGGAGACAUCCUUGGAGGAUCAGUUACAGGUCUUCUCUGAUCCCUUGUUCAUUGAUUUUGUAAGGAAUCUGCUUCAAAUUAAUCCUAAAAGCCGACCCACUGCUUCUCAGGCUCUUCAACACCCCUGGCUUCUUUCUUGAUACAGCAUAAUCCAUGUUUAGAUUUUUCCAGUAUCAUGGAUUUUAUUAUUAUUUUUUUUUUAAAUUGAAAUCCCAGUUCGGAGCUGGAUUUGAUUCUCAAUCCCAAAUUCUUCCCGGCAGUUAAAAGAAUCCAAUAAUCACAUCAGGUUAUGUUUAGUCCAUACAUACACGAGCAAUAAAAUUCCGUAGGUAGUCUUGAUUCUUGUAUAGCUGUUUGAAUUUUGUUGGUGUUUCUAAAUUCUUUGUUUACAUGUCUUAGCGCCGUUGUAUAUGUAAUUGGGCGUUUUGUUGUUUUUUUUGGAUGACACUGAUAAUCUGGUUUACUUGGAUGACCUACCAGAUUUUUUUUAUAAUAGUUGUUCGAAGUUUCCUCAUUCUUUUAUUGCUUA